GAUUCGGAUCCUUAAACUCCGGGUGAAGAAUGGAAUCAGAAAAAUGUCGAGAUUGAACCCUACUACCAAGCAAUUGAAUCGGGGGAGAGAAUCGUCGAUUCGGGAAGCGAAGAACUAGCGAGCUAGAAUCGAUAGUCAUCCCGCGAAAUUAGUGAUUUUCCUCUGUUGUUUCUGUAGACUUUCCCAUGGCGGAUGGGUACUGGAACCAUCCUCCAGGUCCAGGUGGUGGUCCUCCAAAACGUCGCCGUCCCGAUUUCGAAACUCAUGAGAUGCACGGUGGUGGUGGUGGUGGUUGUUACUUCCCGCGUGAUGAGGAUCUUGAUACAAGAACUAUUGGAUCAGCUUAUGAUCGGUACCUCCAAAGCGUGCAAACAAGUUCUAUGCCAUUGGGAGAAGCAGGUCCUCCACGUAAUGGUGGUGUUGUUGCCAUCGAUGAGUUUAUGAUGAGACGUGGUCAAGGUUUAAACGGUCGGGAUAUGGGUGGUGGUUUUGAUCCAUUAGAUUCUGUUGACAGGCGUAGUAACAACCGUGAGCCGCUUCCUCUCCCUCCAGAUGCCUCCAACACUCUCUACGUUGAAGGUCUUCCUUCUAAUUGCUCUAGGAGGGAAGUUUCUCAUAUCUUUCGACCUUUUGUAGGAUAUAGAGAAGCCAGACUUGUGACCAAAGACUCCAAACACCGCAACGGAGAUCCUGUUGUUCUUUGCUUUGUUGAUUUUACAAGCCCUGCCUGUGCAGCAACUGCUCUUAGCACCUUACAAGGCUACCGAAUGGAUGAAAACGACCCUGAUUCCAAGUUCUUACGGCUUCAGUUUUCAAGAAAACCAACUUCAAGACCGGGACAACGAGUAAGGAGGUGAUGAUGCACUACAUCAAAACCAAAUGGUUAUUUAUUGUCUCUGCGUGUCUGCUAAGUUUUAGCGAGAAGAGACAUAUACCUACUUCAAUGAAACCGAACAUUACAUCACUCGUUUGUAUCAUUGUAUUGUUAACGCAACCGGAGUCCAAGAGAAACAAAUAUGGAGUGUAGAAUCUGUGAUAGAAACUUAAAAAGGCUAUUUAUUAUAUUUGGUUCCUUUCCUAGA